GCAUAAAUGAGCACCAUCGCAUGAACCAGAAGGUUAUAACAAAAUCAUCUUAAAAUACAGCAUACUGAACAUUCAUGGCUAUACUAAAAAUGGAAAAUAAAUCCUCUGAAAAAGACUAAUUCUUCCACAAAGCCUUCUCAGGAUGUAACUCCACAUCAAUUUAUACUCAGUAUGCUCAGUAGAGGAAAUAGGAUUCAUGUCUUUGCUGAUAGUGCGGCAUUUUGUCGAACAAUUAACGGGCAACAACUUAAAGAAUUUAUGAUUCAGAAAUGGAAGGGAAAGCCAAUCACUAGAGCUGAGAUGACGAAAGAUAAAGAUGGAGAUCACCUUAAAAGAACUGAGAACAUAAGAGUACGAGACGAAAUAAAUAUGAGGAAUCGAAUUCUGUCGGUGGCCUUUUGUUUAUGGGCUUCGGCAUGGCUACUUCUUCCUGCUGGUUCUGAUGGUCUAAUGAGAAUAAGUUUGAAGAAGCGUCGUCUGGAUGUUGAUAGCAUUAAAGCUGCAAGAAUUGCAAGGGAGGAGGGAAAAUCAAGAAUUGGUGCAAACAACAUGCUUCGCAGUUCAGAUAUCCAUAUAGUACCACUUAAAAACUAUUUGGACGCUCAAUACUAUGGAGAAAUUGGUAUUGGCUCACCACCACAGAACUUCACUGUCAUAUUUGACACAGGAAGUUCCAAUCUCUGGAUUCCAUCUUCAAAAUGUUAUUUUUCUCUUGCCUGUUAUUUCCAUUCUAGGUACAAGUCAAGUCGGUCCAAAACAUAUGUCCAGAAUGGAACAUCUUGUGAAAUACAGUAUGGAUCUGGAUCAAUUGCUGGCUUCUUUAGUCAAGAUAAUGUUUUAGUUGGAGAUCUUAUUGUCAAGGAUCAAGUUUUCAUCGAGGCUACACGAGAAGGAAGCCUUUCAUUUAUCUUGGCAAAAUUUGACGGGAUUCUUGGGCUGGGGUUUCAGGAGAUCUCGGUUGGGGAUGCUGUUCCUCUGUGGUACAAUAUGGUGCAACAACGUCUUGUAAGUGAUGAGGUCUUCUCAUUCUGGCUCAACAAGGAUCCACAGGCAGCAGAGGGUGGUGAGAUUGUUUUUGGAGGCGUUGAUGAAAAACAUUAUAUUGGGAAACAUACAUAUGUUCCAGUUACCCAAAAAGGUUACUGGCAGUUCACUAUGGGAGAUUUUCUAAUUGGGCACCGGUCAACUGGUGUUUGUGCUGGGGGUUGCUCUGCAAUUGUGGACUCAGGAACAUCCUUGCUUGCCGGUCCAACUGCUAUUGUGACUGAAAUCAAUCAUGCCAUUGGAGCUGAAGGGAUUGUAAGUGCUGAGUGUAAGGAAGUGAUUACACAGUAUGGAGAGUUAAUAUGGAAUCUCUUGAUAUCAGGGGUACAACCCAGUAAGAUAUGUUCACAGCUUGGUUUAUGCAUUUUCCGUGGGUCUCAGUAUGUGAGCCAUGGGAUUGAAUCAGUGGUUGACAAGGAAAAUAUAGAGGGAUCAUCUAUUGGGGAUGAUCUUCUAUGCACUGCUUGUGAGAUGCUUGUCAUUUGGGUCCAGACUCAACUAAAACAGAAGGAGACUAAAGAGGCAGCACUCAACUAUGUGAAUAAGUUAUGCGACAGCCUACCAAGUCCGAUGGGUGAAUCAGUAAUUGAUUGUGAUAGCAUUUCUGGCAUGCCAAACAUUACUUUUACCAUAGGAGAUAAACCUUUCAUUCUCACUCCUGAGCAGUAUAUUCUGAAAACUGGCGAUGGCAUGACUGCAGUUUGCAUCAGUGGGUUUACGGCCUUCGAUGUGCCACCACCAAGAGGUCCUCUCUGGAUUCUUGGAGAUGUGUUCAUGAGGGUCUAUCACACACUGUUUGACUAUGGAGAUCUCCAGCUGGGUUUUGCAGAGGCUGCUUAACAAUUGACACUCUAAUUGUUAUGUAGGUUAUACGUUUAUGAUGUAGAUUGAAUCAAGUGGACGAGAGAAUGUAAAAGGUCUAUGCUUUUUAUCACUGCACUUGGAUAAGUGUAAAUUGAAAGCUUGUAAUAGUUUUAAUCUUACAGGAUGCUCAAAAUUGAAUGGUUAAAUAUAUAUUUCUUUUCA